AUGCCGCCUUACGCUAAUGUCCAUUCCCACCGCGACUCCCUCGAGCUCGCCUCUCUCGCCUCCUCCUCACGCGCCGACUCCGUCGCCUCGGACAUCCCAUCCUCACGGCCCUCCAUCUCCUCCCAAAAACUCUCCUUCGACGCCGAAGACCCCCUAGACGCCGCCAACCCGGCCUCCAACGCCAGUAGGCCCAACCGUCAUGACCGCUCAUACUCCGUCUCCUCGGGCUUCGACUUCGCCGCCAAUCUUUUCCCCCUUAGCUCCACCGCCGGCGCGGGCGGCGGCGGCUAUGCUCCCAUCGGCGCGCCGACCUCGACGGCGAUACAAAACGGCGGCCUGGGCGGCGGCAGCUUGGAGAAGCACAAGACGCUCACGUACCUCAACGGCUUAAGUCUGAUCGUGGGGCUCAUCAUCGGGAGCGGCAUCUUCUCCAGUCCCAGCCAGGUGAGCUCCAAGGUCGGCUCGCCCGGCGCAGCGCUGGUGGUGUGGGUGAUUGCGGGCGUGCUGGCAUGGACCGGCGCAGCGAGCUACGCCGAGCUGGGCGGCGCGAUACCGCUGAACGGCGGUGCGCAGGUCUACCUCGCAAAGAUCAUGGGCGAGAUGGCCGGAUUUUUGUUCACAUGGGUGGCAGUCUUGGUCUUGAAACCCGGUAGCGCCGCCAUCGUUGCCAUCAUCAUGGGGGAGUACCUCGUCAGGGCGGUCAUCGGCGCCGAGGCGGAGAGCCUCAGUCCGUGGGUGAACAAGGCGGUGGCCAUGGUGGCGCUGAUCACAGUGACGCUGCUCAAUUGUUUGUCGACAAAGCUGGGCACCAAGGUAAAUGACUGGCUCAUGUUCCUCAAGUUCAUCGCGCUGCUGGGCGUAACUGUAACGGGCAUCGUGGUCGCAAUCACUGGCGAGACCCUGACGGGCAAGGCCAGCUUGGAGUGGAAAACCCACGAGUGGUUCGCCGGCACGUCGUCGGAUCUCUCCGCUUGGGCAGUGGCACUGUAUGCGGGCCUAUGGGCUUACGACGGCUGGGACAACACAAACUACGUCGUCGGCGAGUUUCGCAACCCGAGCCGCGACCUCCCCCGCGUCAUCCACACGGCCAUGCCCCUCGUGAUUCUGUCUUACGUCCUGGCCAACGUCGCCUAUUUCCUCGUUCUCCCCCUCGCCGCCAUCAACGCCACCAACACGGUAGCGGUGCAGUUCGGGGCAAAGGUUUUUGGUUCCGUCGGCUCCCUCGUGCUUGCGCUGAUCGUCUCGGCGUCUUGCUUCGGCGCUCUGAACUCGUCAACAUUUACAUCCUCGCGUCUCGUCUACGUUUCGGGUAAAGAGGGGUACAUCCCUUCCAUCUUCGGUAGCAUCGGCCUGUCCCGGUCAGAAGGUCGCUCGGUGACGGUCUCCCGCACCUCGCGCGGGCGCGUAUCAAAUCUCCUCAUUCGCGCCCUAGGCGACGACGAUAUGGGUCUCUUCUAUACCCCCGUCUGGGCGCUCGUGCUCAACGGCCUGCUGACGGCCGCCUACAUCAUUGUGGGCGAGUUUGGUACUCUGCUGACCUUUUACGGAGUCGCGGGGUACACUUUUUAUUUUAUCACAGUCCUGGGGCUGAUUAUCCUUCGUGUGCGCGAGCCGCAGCUAGACCGCCCGUACAAGACGUGGAUCACCACGCCCAUCAUCUUCUGCUGCGUCUCCCUGUUCUUGCUGAGCCGCGCCGUGUUUGCGCAGCCGCUACAGACUGUGACGGUUGUGCUGUUUGUCGUUGCCGGCGUGCCCGUCUACUUUUGGCGCAUCCGCGGACGGGACCAGCAGGUCAUCAAGCGUGAAACGAGGCAUCGUUCGGAGAACCACGAGCGUUCAUGGUGGCAGUUUUGGAAGAGGUCAUGA